AUGCUUAGCCGUGCCAUCCUGCCCCUGGUGAGGGCCCGGCCUGUUCCCUCCGCCACACGCCUGUCCAUUGCUGCCGCUCAGCGUCCGCGAUGGUACGCCAAAAACAGUAAGCCCAAGGUGCCGUACAAGCUGCCUGGCUCGUCCAAGUCUUCCAAGCCAGAGCAGUCGGAAUUGCCGUCCGAGUCCGCGUCAGAGAGUACGCCGCAGCAGCAGGACUAUUCUCCGCACCAGACCGAGUUCGCCGAGUCGACGAAGAACACUCCCCCUCAGUCCACCGAUACUGCGGCCGGUGACAGCGAAACCAAGCCUGGACAGCCGUCGUCGCAGCAGGAGUACUCCCCCCAUCAGACUGAGUUCGAAACCGCCGCGCCAGGUCAGGAUGCUGCGGAGGCGCGACAGCCGCAGAAGCCUCUUCCAGAUCUCACCCAGGGCAUUCCGUCCACGCUGGCGGCAGAGCUAGAAGCAGCACGCUCCAAGAAACGUGGAUCAACGUCGCUGAACCUGACCGAAGACCCGUCCCGUGCGGAUGACUUUGACGCGGGCGAUAUCGGCGGUGACAUACCCAAGGAUGGCUAUGUCUCCUCUCUGGACCGCCGGAGACAGCGCAUGGCCAACGUGAUGUACGUGCUGUUCCUGCUGGGUGGUAUCGCCGGAACUAUGUACCUGGGUCGCAACUGGGAUUCGGAGGAGGAGGCCAAGGCGCACCCAGACGCCCCGUCGGGAUGGGGCUUGGGUCUCUUCUACAACCGCAUCAAGGCCCGCCUGAAUGAUAUCACCAAGUACUACCGUGACCCGGCGUUCGAAAAGCUCCUUCCGGAUGAGGAUCCCUCGAUGAGACAACCGUAUACUUUGGUGCUGAGUUUGGAGGACCUGCUCGUCCACAGCGAGUGGACGAGGGAGCACGGAUGGCGUGUUGCGAAGCGACCCGGUGUGGACUACUUCCUGCGCUAUCUCAACCAGUACUACGAGCUCGUCCUUUUCACCAGCGUUCCUAGCAUGAUGGCCGACCAAGUCCUGCGGAAGCUUGACCCUUACCGCAUUAUCAGAUGGCCUCUGUUCCGGGAAGCAACCAAGUACGAAAACGGAGAAUACAUUAAGGAUCUGUCUUACUUGAACCGAGACCUCUCCAAAGUCAUCCUCAUCGACACCGUGGAAGCUCACGCCCGGAAACAACCGGAGAACGCCAUCAUUCUUCCCAAGUGGAAGGGUGAUCCCAAGGACAAGUCGCUGGUGGCUUUGAUUCCCUUCCUAGAGUAUGUUGCCGGAAUGGGCAUCGAAGACGUGCGGCCGGUCCUCAAGUCCUUCGAGGGAACCUACAUCCCCGAGGAGUUCGCGCGACGCGAGAAGAUCAUGCGGGAGAAGUUCGAGAAGCAGCUGGCGGAGGAGCAGGCGCGACGACCUCGCCGGGGCGUCGGCAAGCUGGCGUCUCUGCUCGGCCUGAAACCGCGCAGUUCACUGGACGGCGAACAAUCGGCGGCCGAGGGGUUGGAGCAGGGCAAGAUGCUCUGGGACCAGAUCCGCGAGCGCGGCCAGAAGAACUACCAGCUGAUGGAGGAGGAGAUCCGCAAGAACGGCGAGAAGUGGCUGGCCGAGAUGGCGGCCGAAGAGGAGAAGGCGCGCCAGGAGCAGAUGAAGAGCAUGAAAGGCAGCCUGACGAGCUUCUUCGGCAUCGGCGGUGGCGAUUCCAAAUAA